AGUACUUUCGUAAUCUGUGGUUGUCAGUAUUGUGUUCCAUCGAUUAGUGUAGUAUAAUAGGAAACAUAUUUGUUUAAAAUUUGUUUUAUUUCUAAACUCUUAAUUGUUAUCGCUUUCCAACACAAGUUCAAAGUAAGAAAUCUGAAGGAUGGACAGGAAUAUAUGUUGUGACGUGGCUGCUUCAGCAGAUCAGCAGCAGCCACCUAUGUCUGUCACUGUGACAGUUACUGUCCCUGCUACUACAUUGCCUGAGACUGAGAUGACAAUUAGUGGAGUACCACCUUUACUUCGAGAUUCAGAAGAGCAGAGUGAUGAAGAAGAUAUUCCUCCUCCAAAGGCAGAUUUUUCUGCUCCGCCACCAUAUGAGGUGGCCACAAAAUUACCAACUUAUGAAGACGUUCAACGAGAGAAAUCUCUUCAAGGUGAACACACAUCACCUCGAGUACCUUUAGCUUUUCUAGCUAUUGAUACAGAAUCUCCAGAUGGAGACACUGAGUCAGGACUUCUGGGAACAGAUUUCAUGUUCUUCACAGCUUUCUUAGUUGCAUUCCUGUUCAACUGGAUUGGUUUCCUGUUGUUGAUGUGUUUCUGUCAUACGAUCGCUGCUCGUUACGGAGCCUUGUCUGGAUUUGGACUGUCACUUGCUAAGUGGACUUUCAUCGUCAAGCACUCAACAGAGUUUGCUUCUCGUGAAAACAGUUGGCUAUGGUGGCUCAUAAUGGCUUUUGGACUUCUAAUUUGUGUUCGUGCCAUCAUCCAGUAUUUGAACAUCAAGCGAGGGUGGCGUUUGCUGUCAGGAAGUGCUCAAGAGCGACUUCUCUUCUUCUACUGAGGCAUAAUUUGAAUAACCUUUUCACUUCUACAGGAAACCCAUCCUAAGAUUAUAAUAAUCCCAACAGAUUGACUUGACUUCUUUGCGGACAUGGAAAAUAAUUGAUAUUAUUAGUGCUAUUGCUUAAAGUAACGCAAAUAUAUUUCAUGAAAUGAUUUUCUUAAUUUCAUCCAAAUGUCUCUGGUCCAUUACUUCAUAAAGAUAUCGGUCAGCGUCAUAUAUGUAUAGUAUUUGGUGACCAUAUUUGUGUGAAGCACGUCGUCGUUUGUAGUAAUCUUUGUAUUCUAUAAAUUGAUAUAUCUGAAGUGGUUUUUUGUAUUUAACCCAAGGAUUCAUACAUCAGUAACUGGACAUUGAAUGAACUGGAAAAUUGUUAGGUUCUGUCAAAAUAUAUCUUAGCCAUGGAGAAUACGUUGUUUGGUAACAUGUCGUGCGGAUCGUGUAAUUUACUGUAGUACAGAAUUCUUUAAUAGGAAAAUAAUGUAAAACAUUAACAAAUUUUAAGAAAGCAAGUUCAUGUUAUGAAAGGACUGAAAUGGUCUGAUUUUCAUAAAUACUGAUAAAGUUGAUCAGUUAGUGACUGGUAGCCAUUCUAAGCUUGUUAUUGCCUCCCAGUACACGGUUCCGUCUAUCCAAUAAAAUUAUUUUAUCUGAAGUUUGUUUUCACAAAUGGUGGUGGUGUAAAGGAAUGAGAGUUUCGUAAACACAAUAGAAAGCAAAUAUUUUUUUACUUUGGUUUUAUAAAUCCAAGAAUCUAAUUUAUAUAGUAAAGGGGAUCAUUUAGAAUUCCAUUUUGUUUUCUUAUUAUUACACUUAACAGGACAGCCGUGUCUUUAGUUUGUCAUUGUGAGAAUGUAUUUAAUUUUUGCAUCUAUGAAACUAGUCAGAACUGUAUCUUUGGCGAAGGAGAGGGAUGCUGUGGAGUGCUAUUUAGUGUUUGCAGUGUGUUUACUAUUUGUGAAUUAAUAUUGUUAAAUUUAAACAUGAAUUUCAGAAGAUAUUAAAUCCUUACAGUAUGUUACCCAUUUUUAUGUGCUUGUCCAUCAGCUUUUGUUUCUAAUCAUCGCUGAACAUCUCAAUUUUCUUUGGGAUGAAUGUGGACAGGCAGAUUGUUCAAAUAUGUUCCAUGUUGAAUACAGAGGUCUCUCUGUGUGGAUGUAGUUUUAUUACUCUGAGGAUGGGGGAUGUAGUGAUUACCUUUAAUAUCCUCAACCCAGCCACCUCUGUGCUUUUAUGCUUGCAUCACAAGUACGUUAUAGUCCAAUUCACUACCACGUCCCCUUGCACUUGUUAUUAAGUGUGGAGGAUUACAAAUUUCUUCCUUUUUUUUUUUCCCCAUUAAUAUUUAUCAGGUUUUAUUCACAUUAAUUUUGUUUUGUUUAAUCUAUUUCCUAAUAAGGGACAGAAUUUCUUUAUUUCAAAGCCUUUUGUCCGUUUCUCAAUCCAUUUAUGGAGAAAGUAGUUUUACAUUUGUUGUAAAAUAUUUGCAGGAAGUAAACAUGAGUUGGCUGAAAAUUCGUUUUAUUUCAGGAUACUGUCAGAGAUAGAAUUGUAGUUGUGAUAUAGAUAGAAUAAUAAUGUGGAAGGAGGUGGGGAAUGGAUGUAAGACUUAGGAGUGUAGCCCUUUAGGUGAACUUUUAAGUUUAAACAUAACCAUAAACAAAAAUCAUUCAUAUUUCUUAUUUAUAUAGUAUUGCUGCCAACUUAUGAAGUGUUUAUAUUCAGAAAAUAGUUCAUACAACUGAUUCCGUUAUGGUUUAUAUAAUCUGUAAUUUGCGGCAGUAGCAGGCAAAGCUGGUAUUACGUAAACCCCUCGUGACUGACAAUUGUUGCUUUCAUGCAGUUGCUAUGCAACGCCACAGAAUUUCAAAUGUAACUUGUUCGGAAUUUUUAUUCUUUGCUAUAUAUUGUGUAUCACAGUUCUACAAAUAAUGUUUCAUGUGUGCUUACUUUUUCUGAAGUUUACGAAAGUAUAGGAAUUUUUUUAGAAUUGUCAUGUAAAGUAUUGCUAUGUUAUAGAAAGUAUAUGAAGCUUGCCUAACAGGUCCUUAUUCUUGAGCAUCUUAUAUCAGAUUGUGUUCAGAUUCCAUGUAAUAAUUUGUCAGUCUGAUGUUGUAGUGCUCAGCAUUAUUACUGGUAAUUUCUUGCGUGAAGAGAAAGUAGGAUUUUGUGGGAUGUGAGGAAUGUUGAAGAAGUGGUUCUGUAAAUUUACGGUUGUAUUACCCUACAAAUGGUUGUUGCUUGUUACAUAUGGACUGUGGAUUGAUGGGAUGGAUCCAGUGAUUUAUUUUUUAAAAAAAUAUUUUACAUAAUACAUUAACUUGCUCUCACUAUGUAUUUCUUUACUUGUAAUGAUAAAUGCUAGGUAUGGACAAUAUAGUAAUGGUACUUCAAGUGCUUUUCCUGCUUUUGUAAUAUGUAAAUUAUAGAGGGUAAGUUAUAGUGUAUAAGGAAAAGUGUGAAUAACAAUGGCUUAGACUUGUAGGUAGCAUAAUUUUAUGAUUGUAGGUCUGCAGUUUUAGUGCCUGUAUUCUUUUCAGCACAGUAUCCUAUUCUUGUUUACAAAUAUGUUGGAAUUGCAUAAAUUGUGAGUAGAAAGAUUUCACAGUUUGGUGCAAAAGCCAUUGUUGAAUUUAAAGUAUACAUAAAUGUUUCAUGGUAAAAUGAAAUUAAACUUUUCUAACAUAAUUAGGAGAGUUUGGGAAUAAUGAUUAUAUGUACCAGCAUUUUAACUGUCACAGUUUGGAAGUUGUAUUAUGUUCAGAUUUCUUGAUUUAAACAUAUGUUUGAUUUCAUGUAUUUUUUCAGGUGUUUAGUAAAUUGAAUGUAAUUGUUA